AUGUCUAUAUCCCGAGUUGCUAUCCCCUGUUACGCCAGCUCGGUGGUACUACAGCAACAACUUCACGCACAGAACAGAGAUGAUGUAAUGAUGUGGCCACUGAAUCAAACACAGAGCGUCACCAGUCUGGUCCAGUGCUCCUCACUCUGUUCAAGGUCCAACAGCACGUGCUUCAGUAUACUUUAUGACUCCAAUACCAAAACCUGCAGCUUAGUUAGCAUUUCAACCACCCCACCAUCGACGCCAUUCCCAUCCUGCAAACGUGUGGACAACAACUACGCCAGGCAGCUGGUCUCGCUAGACGCCGGCAUUGACGUCAUGUGCGACACCAUCACCGACAACGGAGGAUGGCUUGUUUUCCAGCGAAGAAUCUCCGGAACCGUCGACUUCAACCUAGGCUGGAACAGCUACAAAAACGGUUUCGGCGAUUACAACAUCGGUGAAUACUACCUGGGUAAUGAGAAACUACAUGUACUGACGACCGGAAAACCGCAUGAGCUAAGAAUAGACUUCAUCUAUAACGGGAAGAGCUACUACGCCAGGUACACUACAUUCCGUGUUGGUAACGAGAGCGAUGGCUACAGGCUGCAGAUCGGAGGGUACUCUGGGGACGCUACCGACUACACGUACAACCACAACAACUGCAAGUUUAGCACGGCAGACACAGACAACGACAACAAACCGGACGGUAGCUGCGCUGUGCUGUACGGAGGAGCUUGGUGGUACAACAACUGCUACUUGAUUAAUUUAAACGCCCUCUGGAACACAACGGAUCCCUACAAGUCCAUUAGCUGGGGAUCUUCUGUUGGCUCGUGGUACACUCACAUUCGUUUUGUGGAGAUGAGAAUCAGGCCUAUCUAA